GAAAGCGGCAGAAGAAGGUGAGCGACAAGAAGAGGAGGUGACGGCUGGGGAGUUUUGAAAGCAAGACCUCAAAGCGGGGGAGGAGGAGGAGGAGGAGGAGGAGGAGUGCUUUUCGUCGCCUGCUCGUCGUCGUAGAAAGUCACUGAUCUCCAGCCGCAGUCGUCAUGUCAUCGUCCGGUAAAGACAACAGCGGAGCCCCGCAUGCCAAUUACGUGGGACCGUAUCGCUUGGAGAAGACGCUGGGCAAAGGACAGACAGGAUUGGUCAAGCUCGGGGUUCACUGUGUAACGUGCCAGAAAGUCGCCAUAAAGAUCGUCAACCGUGAGAAACUCAGCGAGUCGGUACUAAUGAAGGUGGAGCGAGAAAUAGCCAUUCUGAAGCUCAUAGAACACCCACAUGUUUUAAAGCUACAUGACGUCUAUGAAAAUAAAAAAUACUUGUACCUUGUACUAGAACAUGUGUCCGGUGGAGAACUCUUUGACUAUUUGGUGAAGAAAGGCCGAUUAACGCCUAAAGAGGCCCGAAAAUUCUUCAGACAGAUCAUGUCUGCGCUGGAUUUUUGCCACAGUCAUUCCAUAUGCCACAGGGAUCUGAAGCCAGAGAAUCUGUUGCUAGAUGAAAAGAAUAACAUCAGGAUAGCGGAUUUCGGCAUGGCCUCUCUUCAGGUCGGAGAUAGUCUUUUGGAAACCAGCUGCGGCUCUCCGCACUACGCGUGUCCAGAGGUCAUCAGGGGGGAGAAGUACGAUGGGAGGAAAGCGGACGUCUGGAGCUGCGGGGUCAUUCUUUUUGCCCUAUUGGUGGGAGCGCUGCCGUUCGAUGACGACAACCUGAGGAAUCUGCUGGAGAAAGUGAAGUUAGGAGUGUUUCACAUGCCCCACUUUAUCCCCCCAGACUGUCAGAACCUCCUGCGGGGCAUGAUAGAAGUGGAUGCCUCGAAAAGACUAACGCUCGAACAGAUCCAGAUGCACACGUGGUACAUAGGGGGCAAGAACGAGCCAGAGCCCGAGCAGCCUUUGCCGCGGAAGGUGACCACACGCAGCCUCCCUUCUGCAGACGACGUCGACCCGGACGUCCUAGACAGCAUGCACUCUCUGGGCUGCUUCAGAGACAAGAACAAACUGCUGAAGGACCUCCUUUCGGAUGAUGACAACCAAGAAAAGAUGAUCUACUUCCUGCUACUGGACCGUAAAGAGAGGUACCCCAGUCAAGAGGACCAGAACCUUCCCCCUCGUAAUGAGAUAGAUCCUCCAAAGAAACGGGUGGACUCGCCCAUGUUGAACCGACACGGCAAACGGAGACCAGAGAGGAAGUCCAUGGAGGUCCUCAGCGUCACAGAUGGAGGCUCACCGGUGCCGGCCAGGAGGGCCAUCGACAUGACGCAGCAUGGCCAACGGUCGCGGUCUAUUAGUGGAGCCUCCUCAGGCCUCACCACCAGCCCGCUCAGCAGCCCACGGCCUGUUAGAAAGUUUGGUGUUCCACCUCAAUCCCCCGAUUUGUCGCAGUCCCCCAACAUCAGCCCCAGUUCAUCCCCUGAGCCAAUUCCAAAUCGUACCGGUCCUCGUAUGUCUACACCUAACUCGCUGGCCCCGAGCGCCGAGGCCCUACCGCCAACUCUCAACAAGACCCAGACGCUCCCGACCAAACCUAAACUUGCUCCGAAGCCGCUUCACGCUACACGAUCCAACCCGCUCCCCGAAGCUUCAUCAGACGCGGCAUCCUUGUCCGAGCCCUCGGCUUCCUGCCGUAUCCCGUCACACCCUCCGUCUGCCUCCGUGCCCCCCGCCGCCCCGCUUUCUCCAAGCCCCGUUGCUUCAGUGCUAAACAGCCCCCAAGUACGUCGCUCACAUUUUGCUGCCAACCCCCAACUCUCUGUGCCCUUCAGCCCAGUGGUGCCGCCGUCUCCCAUCAGGCUGCAUCACUUUCACCCCGUAACACCCACGCCUUCUUCAUACGCUGACCACCCACCUAAAUCUAUCCCCCUCAUACAGGUUACCCCCCACCCUUCCCCUCGAGGCAGUCCCCUCCCUACCCCAAAGGGCACACCGGUGCACACGCCGAAAGACAGCCCGGCCGGGACUCCCACCCCGACGCCGCCUCCGAGCCCCUCCAUCGGCGGUAUGCCGUGGAGGACGCGGCUCAAUUCCAUCAAGAACAGUUUCCUGGGCUCGCCGCGAUUCCACCGCCGGAAACUCCAAGUUCCCACGCAAGAAGAGAUGUCCAGCCUCACUCCAGAGUCUUCCCCAGAACUUGCCAAAAAAUCCUGGUUUGGUAACUUCAUCAAUCUGGAAAAAGAGGAGCAGAUCUUCAUUGUCAUCAGGGACAAGCCUCUCAGCUCCAUCAAGGCCGACAUCGUUCAAGCAUUUCUCUCGAUCCCAAGCCUGAGCCACAGCGUCAUCUCACAGACCGGUUUCCGGGCAGAAUACAAGUCCACGGCCGGCCCGACAGUCUUCCAGAAGCCGGUCAAAUUCCAGGUGGACAUCACCUACACGGAGAGCACAGCUGCCACCAAGGAGAACGGCAUCUACUCCGUCACCUUCACCCUGCUCUCGGGACCCAGUCGGCGCUUCAAGCGGGUCGUGGAGACCAUUCAGAGCCAGUUGUUAAGCACACAUGACCAGCCCGGAGUCCAGCAGCUGUCUGGAGCAAAGCGCAGCAGUGUGUGCAGUCACGCAUUUCCAGUUUCCCAGGACGCAAUUUACACAGACAUCGGUGUGACGUCAACGCUACGCGGGCAGUUCAUGCGAGUUCACAAAAGGACAUGUGGGUAUGUGACCCUGUGAGACUCAAAUCUGGAACGCAGGACACUCGUCCCGUCUCAAUUGUCAACCUUGAGAAUGGCACGGUUGAAAAGGAAUAUAACCCAUUCAUACGCCCGCGUCUCUAUCAUUUAUGGUCACAUUCGUGGACAUAAACAACGCACGAGCAAUGGCCACGAUGAACUGCACAGACCAUAAAACAAAAAGACAAAAAAUCAAAUGCUUAUAUUUAUUUAUUUAUACAGUGGAGGAAAUUAUGAUUUGAUUCCUCACUGAUGUUGUAAGUUUACCCACUGACAAAGACACGAACGGUCUAUAAUUUGAAUGGUAGGUUUAUUUUAACAGGGAGAGGCCAAAUAUCCAAAAGAAAAUCUGGAAAAUCACAUCAAACAAUUCAUUGAGGAAAAUAAGUAUUUGAGCCCCUGUCACAACAUGACUCGAUCGCUACUUGGUGGCCAGAACGCAGGUCAGACGUUUCUUGAAGUCCAUCACCAGGUUUGCGCACACCUCGGGAGGACUUUUGCACAUCUUGGCAGAUCCUCUCCAAAUCCUUAAGGUUUCGAGGCUGUGCCUUGGCAACUCGAAGCUUCAGCUCCCUCCACAGAUCUUUUUUUUUUCUUUUCCCCAUGACCCAUUUUAGAUUUUCUGGCCGAGCGAAGGAGCUUGUCAACCUGUCGCGGUACAAGGCUCCAUCCAUAUAUCCCACGAUGUGGUGAAGUCGACCUGUCCCCCUUUGCAGAGAAAACACCGCCACGGCAUAAAUGCUUGACGGUGGGGAUGUUGUUCAUGGGGUCAUAGUCUGAAUUCCUCUUCCCCUAAACACGGCGAGUCAAAUUGUUUCCAAACAGCUGGAUUUUCUUCUCUCGUCUGACCACAUGACCUUCCCCCAAUCUUUCUCCGAAUCAUUCAGGUGUUCAUUGGCAAACUUCGGACGGGCCCGUGCAUGUCUUUUGAGCAGGGGGACCUUACAGGCGCUGCAGGAUUGGAAUCUAUGACAGCGUAGCUAGUGUGUUACCAAUGAUUUUCUUUGUGACCGUGGUCCCAGCUGCCUCGAGGUCCUUAACAAGCUCUAGUUUGAUGCCUAACCUUUCGCAUCAUCGCCGAUUCCACCCCGCCAGGUGAAAUCUCGCGACGAGGCCCAGUUCCAGUUCUUUGGUCUUGCCCAUGAUGGAGAGGUUGGUGUAUGAUCGAUUAAUUCUGUGAAGGGGCAACACGUUGUGAUAGGCGCCUUUCGUACAGCUAACAAAUUUAGAUGAGAAGUACUUUCUUAAAAUGAGAGAACCAGAAUUCUUUAUUGUGGGUAGGGGAUCAAAUAUUUAUUUCACUCAAUGAAAUGCAAAUAGAUUUGAAUCUUUUUUUUUUUUAAAUGUGAUUUUCUGUAUUUUCUUUGAGCUCUUCAGUGUCACGGUUGUGAGGACCGGGGUUCAAAUCCUGGCCCCGCCUGUGUGGAGUCUGCAUGUUCUCCGGGUUUUCUCCGAGUAGUCCGGUUUCCUCCCACAUACCAAAUGAAUUCAUUAAUUGAAGACUCUACAUCACGGGUGUCAAACCGGUGGCCCGGGGGCCCGAUUCGGUCAGAUGAUUCGCAUCAUUUUAUGCGGCCCGGGAAACGAAACGUGGAUGCACAUCAUCCACUUUGUGUUUCCUGCUAAAAUACCAAAAUUGCAAAUUGUUUUCACUUUUAAAAAUAUCGCGAUAUUGCAAGCAUUUUUGUUUUGUUACCGAUCCUCUUUUUAAAAUAAAUCAAAUCAAACUGGUAGUCGAACAAACAGUUUUUACUGGCUUCUGAUUUCAAAAGUAGUUAUCCAUCAAUUUGUGCGGCUGGAAUAAUAUGAGGCGAUCGUACCUUCAAAUGGGUUCACAGCCGUAACGGGCCUCCGAGAGAAACCAGAACUACGUUGCGGCCUGUGACAAUAAUGAGUUUGACACCCCUGCUCUAAAUUGCCCGUAGGUGUGAAUGCGCGUGCGAACGGUUGUUUGUUUCUACGCGCCCUGCGAUUGGCUGGCGACCAGUUCAGGGUGUAGCCCACCUCUUGCCCGGCGUCAGCUGGGAUAGACUCCACCAUGCCGGCAACCCUAGUGAGGAGAAGCGGUAUGGAAAUUCUGUCUCUCGCUGUGAAAAUAGACCUACCGUUAAAAUUAGAAUAUAAUUUCCCUCAGCACAGCUCAUGAUUUCUGACGGCUUUGUACAAAUUGUCCUCAUUAGGGUGACCGGUCAAUUGGAGCCUCUCCCAGAGUCGGUGUACACCCUGGACUGGUUGCCAGCCAAUCGCUAGGGACAUAUAGGCAAACGACCGCUCCCACUCAGAUGCACUGUAUGUGCGAAGCACUAUUUGACUGUUGUGCCAAUUUCUUGAAAUUUGUCCCAUUCCAUGUGUUGUCUAAUACUCCCUGUUAGACCCAAUAAUGGCGAAUGUUUUUACCAUAUUUGCAAUCCAUACUGUAAUCUACGAGCGCACGCCUGCAAUAUGGCGUUGAAUUGGCUCAGCGGUCGUGGGCAGCCGUAAGGAUUAGCGGUGAUAUCUUAAAACGCGUCUCCAAUUAAUAGACAAAUGAGAAUCCCUUCCGUCCAUCCAUUUUCCGCACCGCUGAUCCUCACCAGGGUUGCAGGAGUGCUGGAGCCUAUCCCAGCCAACUUUGGGGGGGGAGGCGGAGCACUCCCUCAACUGGUCACCAGCCAAUUGCAGGGCACAUACAAACAAACGACCAUUCGCACCUACGGGCAAUUUCUACAUUCUGCAUUCAAAUAUAGAUGACAUUUCUUGUCACCACUAGUUGGCGCUAUAUGCAUAACAAUAUGUUGUCAUACAUAUGCCUUCAAGACAUGACUCGCAUUUAUACACGUGAAGUUUGGGAAUUGUCAGACCAUGUGGAGCAAAUUCGAAAUCCGAAAAUGGAGGCCCCUCCCCCUAUAGCAAAAUUACGAGCUUUCUUUUUCUUCUUAACAAUGGACAAGAUCUCCCUUUACAUGGACAUUUAGCAUACAGGAGGUGAAGACGUCGUGUGUGUUGUGCGUCAGUAGACGACUGAGCUAAUCGACGCCGGCGCAGCAUUUGUGCCCCCGGCGGUCUCUUUCCUCCCCCAUGGUUCCUUUCCUUCCCUCGCCCCCGUGCGCCUCGAGGGAGUAACUCCUUUGCCGUAAUCCAACACCUCUUUUCAGACGAGAAGAACGGCCAGGUGCCAUCCAAGCGCUGCCCCUCGCCCGCGCACGCCCGCAGACACGAGCCGGAAAACAAUACCGCCAAAUGU